AUGGAUGGCAACUCUAAAACCUAUACUGCUAUUGAUGGUCUUCCAACAAUAGCUCGGACUGUUCACCUACCAUGCAGCCGUCUCUUCAAUAAGGUAGCUGCAUUAUCACGUGUUAGGCUUCUCGGUUGUUUAGCUCCACUGGCCGCCUCUCUGCUUCUUCCAGCUCAAAUAGCUCCCACAGCUUGUCUCCCAGCUCAAGACAACUCUUGUUCAGAGCUCCAAUCAGCUGCUGUCUUUAUUUCAUGUGAGCUGCUCUCAGCUCCUUUCUUUCUCAUAGCUAGGCCCCCAGCUUAG